GGCUUUCCAAGACUGACAUUUUUUUUUGAAAACCUUUAAAGAGAGAGGCCCGAAAGUCUAUUGAAAGUCUAUUUUGUUUUCAAUUUUGCUGUGCUCUAUUGUCAAUACUCUCUCUUAAAAGGCAGGGAGUUUGUAAGAAGACACCCUUGAAUGUAAUCUGAACUUCUCUGUUUCAAGAAGAAAGCUGUGUAGGGUCUGAGAAGAGAUAGCCUUCCAUGUGCAGUGGUUCGAAGAGGAAAGUAGCUCUAGCUGGUCUGGAGAUGGAGUAUGGAUCCCAAAAGCUAGAUGGGUCUUUCAAUAACUUCUCUCCUUUGCUUGAAUUGUCUGCCUCAGAUGAUCUGAUUGGGUUCAAGCGUGCUGUCGAGGAGGAGGGUCGGGAUGUCAAUGAGACUGGUUUUUGGUAUGGAAGGAGAAUUGGGUCGAAGUCAAUGGGUUUUGAGGAGAGAACACCACUCAUGAUUGCUGCCUUGUUUGGCAGCAAGGACGUGUUGAGUUAUGUGAUUGGAACUGGCUGUGUCGAUGUCAAUAAGGCUUGUGGGUCUGAUGGGGUCACCGCCCUACACUGUGCUGCUGCAGGUGGCUCAGUUUCUGCUGCCGAGGUUGUCAAGGUCUUGCUUGAUGCUUCAGCUGAUGUUAACUCUCUUGACGUCAGUGGUAAUCGACCUGGUGACUUGAUUGCUUCUGUUGUCAAUUCAGGUUUUGAUCCAAGGAAGAGGAAUUUGGAAAUCAUGCUGAAAGGCAGCAGCACCAGCAGUGAAGAGGAAGCUUUUGAUUUGUCUGAUCAAAUCUUUCAUGGGAUUGAAGGGUUGGAGCAGCAAGAGAUUACAGUUCCACGAGUUUCAAAAGAAUGGAGUGAGAAAAAAGAGUAUCCAAUUGAUCCUACUCUCCCAGACAUCAAGAAUGGGAUAUAUGGAACAGAUGACUUCCGGAUGUAUACUUUCAAGAUCAUGCCCUGCUCAAGAGCUUAUUCUCAUGACUGGACUGAGUGUCCUUUUGUUCAUCCAGGGGAAAAUGCGAGGCGGCGUGAUCCAAGGAAAUAUCAUUAUAGUUGUGUUCCAUGUCCUGAGUUUCGGAAAGGGACGUGCAGGCAAGGGGAUGCUUGUGAAUAUGCACAUGGGAUUUUUGAGUGCUGGCUGCAUCCUGCUCAGUAUCGCACCCGUCUAUGUAAGGAUGAGAUUAAUUGCAGCAGAAGGGUUUGUUUUUUUGCACACAAACCUGAAGAGCUUCGCCCCUUGUAUGCCUCGACUGGGUCAGCAGUGGCUUCAAUAAGCCUACUUGCUCUGGGUUCUCCAUCUGUUAUGAUACCUCCUACUUCAACACUGCCCAUGACCCCAUCUGGAGCUUCUUCACCUAUUGGUGGAAACAUGUGGCAGAAUCAGUCAAAUAUUACUCCCCCUACAUUGCAGCUUCCUGGUAGCAGGUUGAAAUCUGCACUUUGUGCUAGAGACAUGGAUUUAGACCUGGAAAUACAUGGACGGGAAAGAAGUCGUCGUUGGCAGCAACAGUUGAUCGAUGAGGCAUCUGGUCUCUCAUCCCCAUCCAACUGGAACAAUGCCGUGUCGAAAGCAUCAUUUUUUGUCGCCUCCUCUGGUGAUCAUGGUGGGGAAUUGAAAAGACUGGGAGUGAAACCAACUAACCUAGAAGAUUUUUAUGGAUCCCUUGAUCCUGCAAUUUUGCCUGAACUACAAGGACUCUCACUAGAUGUUGCAGCAUCCUAUUUACAGUCUCCAACAGCGGUUCAGAUGUGCCAGAGCAUGAACCAUCAGCUCCGAUCAAGCUACCCUACCAGCCUUUCCUCUUCUCCUGGUAGGGCACCCACAUCCUUGGGGAUUGAUCCAUCUGGGGCAGCAGCAGCAGUUUUCAGUUCAAGGUCAGCUGCAUUUGCAAAGAGGAGCCAAAGCUUCAUUGAUCGUAGUGCUGUUAACCGUCAUAAUGGAUUUUCUUCACCUGCUGCGUCAGCCAAUGGGAUGCCUUCUAACCUUUCGGAUUGGGGUUCACCUGUUGGCAAAUUCGACUGGGGUUUCGGGGGAGAAGAGUUUAAUAAGCUGCGGAAAUCUGCUUCAUUUGGUUUCCGAAGUGCUAGUCCUGGGGCACAGGCUGCUACAUCAAUUCCUGAAACUUUUGAUGAGCCAGAUGUGUCUUGGGUUCAGACCUUGGUGAAGGACGCCCCAUCUUCAAGAGCCGGGCAUUUGGCUUUUGAAGAUCAACAGCAGCAGUGCCAUGUUGAUGAUAGUGGAUCUGAGAUGCUCCCAGUUUGGGUGGAGCAGCUGUACAUGGAGCAGGAGCAAAUGGUGGCUUGAAACAAAUUAACCCCUUUUAAACCUUUUAGUAGUUUUUACCAUUCUUAACAUUUUUAUUAGUAUUCAUCUUAUUUAGGGGUAAAGGGUAUAUAUAUAAUCCAGCAGAUCAACAGAAGAAGCUGGCCGGAUGAAACGUUUCUGCUCAUGCCGUUCUUAGGUUAAGAAUUUUAUUUUUUUCAUAUAUAUAUAUAUAUAUAUAUUUCAUAUUACUUGGUUAUCAUUUCUUCUAUUAUCAGCUAUUUCAUUCCAAGUAGAAAGAUGUGCGAAACAAGACCCAAUACCAAUGGAAAUAGAGAGACUUCCAAGCUUCUGAAAAAUCAAAAUGCAGAUGUAAGAAGUUGUUUUGUUUUCCUUUGUUGGUGGAGUUGUACUAAAAGCUAUUACGUAAUGAAAUAAAACAUAUUUUGCUGUUUUAUGUC